AUGGACUACAGAAUUGCUGGUAAUAAUUGCUUUGCAGAUAUCGAUGAUGAGACAGCGAAGUUGAUCAUUCAGCUUCAGCUCGAUGAUAUUGAGUACUCAUCUUCCAAGGGAAAAGGUCGCGCCGACAAUGUAUCCGACAUCUCAAUUGCAUUAAAAAUGCAGAAAGAGGAAUUGGAACACGUUGCUUUAUUUUUGUCAGAUCAGCGGAUGACGAGAAGUAUUGCAUUGGCCGUUCAAACUGAUGGAGUUGUUUUGACUGAAGUGGUAUCACGCGAUGACGUUUCUGCAAGAGAUCAUUCAAUGGCUUUACAGUUAUAUCGAGGUCCUUCAACACCGACUACUACACCACAGGUUCCUCCGCCUGCUGCGCCGAAUACACAGAUCUUGAACGAGGAGGUCUUGAGAAAACUACAAAUACUAUAUGUCUCUGGCGACGACUCGAAGGACAAUGAUGCAGCAGAGUUUGAUGUAACCAAUUGCAGUUCGAUAAUUGGCUCAAAUGCAGAGUCUUCUACUUGGGCAGCCUCUCGAUCUGUACCCUCUAACAGUACAUGCGUCAUCUGUCGCGAUGAGAUCAGCUUCUGCGAUGCAGCACGAGUUCCCGGUUCAUGCCACCACGAGUAUUGUCGCACCUGCCUUGGGCAGCUCUUUCAGUUGUCGAUGAGCGACGAAUCACUCUUCCCACCCCGCUGCUGCAACGAACCAAUCACUAUCGCCAGUGUCCGUCUUUUCCUCACAAGUGAUAUUGUGCGUGCUUUUGAAGAGAAGAGAAUCGAAUUUGAAACACCAAACAGAACUUAUUGCUGCUUACAUUCUUGCUCAGCUUUCAUCCACCCGUCCAAAAUCGUCAAUAACGUAGCUACCUGUGAUGGCUGCGGCACACAAACUCACACCUUGUGUAAGCUGGAAGCUCACAUUGGAGAUUGCUCAAAUGAUACCGCGCUUCAGGGGGUUCUGGAUCUUGCUAGAGACAGGGGCUGGCAAAGAUGCUAUUCAUGCUGGGGUAUGGUGGAGCUUGAAAUUGGAUGCAACCAUAUGAGAUGUCGAUGCGGGGCCACCUUUUGUUACGUCUGUGGGCUGAGAUGGAAGUCUUGUAGAUGUCCACAAUGGCACGAGGACCAAUUGGUAGCUCGUGCUACAGAGAUUGUCAACCGCAGACCUGGCCAUCAACUACUCGAGCGUCCCUAUCAAGCCAUUGGCAAAGAAUCUACAAUUGAAGCUCAGAUUGCGGUAGCCGCGGAGAAUCUUAGAGAGAAUCAUGCUUGUGGGCACAACGGAUGGCGCAUGCUACAAGGAUCUCAUCAGUGUGAAGGUUGCCAUGAUGUUAUGAGAAGAUACAUUCUUGCAUGUCCUCAAUGUGAAUUAAGAGUGUGCAACAGAUGCAGACUAAAUAGGUUGUAG